AUGGCCAAGAGAGCACCCGAAGCUCUCUUCGAGCCCAAUGCACCUCUAUCAUACCCCUCAGACGUGUGGAGCCUCGGAACCGCUUUUUGGGAGAUUCUGGGGAUGAAGUUUAUCUUCAGCGAGGACGAGACGACUGAUCAGCUCGUGGCUCAGCAAAUCGACGUGCUGGGCUCUUAUGAAUUCCCCUUGGACUGGCAGAAACACUGA